AUUCAUCUUCUCCUCACUCCAAAUCCCCACCAAAGCCAUCUCUACAGCUUAGCUUCACUGCACUCUUAAGUCCUAACUACCAUGGCCUCUUUCGUUCCUACUCAAUGCCUUUUACAACUCCUCUUUGUGGCUUCUCUGCUUCCAUUCAUCUCAGCAGCCAGGAGACUUGCACAAGAGCAGCAACCUCUGCUUCUUCAAUACCACAAUGGCCCUCUUCUUUCCGGAAAAAUCUCCAUUAAUCUAAUCUGGUACGGAAAGUUCAAGCCUUCCCAACGCGCCAUUGUUUCUGAUUUCAUUACCUCCCUCUCUUCCUCCAAAACCACCCCCGACCAACCCUCUGUUGCGGCGUGGUGGAAUACCAUCGACAAAUACUACCUCCUCAUUAAGUCCAAGAAAUCCACCUCCCUUGGUCUCUCCCUAGGCACCCAAAUCCUCGACGAGAACUACUCUUUGGGUAAAUCACUGACCAGUCGAAAUCUCAAACAGUUGGCAGCAAAGGGGCAGCAGAGCAACGCCAUUAACGUAGUCUUGACAUCUUCUGAUGUAGCCGUUGAAGGGUUCUGCUCCAGCAGGUGCGGAACACAUGGGUCUUCUCCCAGCUCCAAGACUGCUAAGGUUAAUGGCAAGAUCUCCAAGUUCGCAUACAUCUGGGUGGGCAACUCCGAGACUCAGUGCCCAGGUCAAUGCGCAUGGCCAUUCCACCAGCCCAUUUACGGACCCCAGAGUCCACCCCUGGCCGCACCCAACAACGAUGUGGGUAUGGAAGGUAUAGUUAUGAACCUGGCUAGCCUCUUGGCUGGAACUGUUACGAACCCCUUUGGGAAUGGAUACUACCAAGGUUCCGCAGAGGCUCCCCUGGAGGCUGCAUCGGCUUGCCCUGGGAUUUAUGGGAAGGGCGCGUACCCUGGCUAUGCCGGAAAGCUGUUGGAGGAUCCCACCACAGGUGCUAGCUAUAAUGCCAAUGGUGUGAAUGGGAGGAAGUACCUGCUUCCUGCAUUGCUUGAUCCUUCAACUUCCACCUGUUCUACUCUGGUCUGAUAGACUGAUACUACUAUGCUUCUCUAAAUUCAUUUAGUUGUAUAGCACGGAGAUGAUAAGCGAUUCUUUGUUUGUAUUUUAUUAAUUACCAUUAUGUAUUCUUUUUCCCGUCUGAAUAAAUGAAAUUCCAAUGUUUUCUUUCAUA